UUGUACGCGUUGCCGGUCAGGUUGGCACUGAUACUGCGGGAACAGCAGUGCCAUCCAUUUGCAAACACGCUGUGUGGUGCUAAUUUGACUUUGGUCGUCGGUUGUUGGUGUGGUGUGAAGUUCUAAAGUAAAAACCUUGUUAGUUAAAUAACAAAAGUUGUUUUAAGAAGCUUCCACUGAAGUUCACAAUGACAACACAACCUCACAGUAGGAAACGAGUCUGCUACUAUUACGACAGCGACAUCGGAAAUUACUACUAUGGGCAAGGUCACCCCAUGAAGCCGCAUCGUAUACGAAUGACCCAUAACUUGCUCUUAAAUUAUGGACUGUACCGAAAAAUGGAAAUUUAUCGUCCUCACAAAGCCACAGCGGAAGAAAUGACCAAGUUUCAUUCAGAUGAUUACAUCCGAUUUCUGAGAUCUAUCAGACCAGACAAUAUGUCAGAAUAUAACAAACAAAUGCAGAGGUUUAACGUUGGUGAAGAUUGCCCAGUAUUUGAUGGUCUCUAUGAAUUUUGUCAACUUUCAGCAGGAGGCUCAGUUGCUGCUGCUGUCAAAUUGAAUAAACAGGCAUCAGAAAUCUGUAUUAACUGGGGAGGAGGAUUACAUCACGCCAAGAAAUCUGAAGCAUCAGGAUUUUGUUAUGUUAACGACAUUGUGUUGGGGAUUUUAGAGUUGCUGAAAUAUCAUCAACGGGUGUUGUAUAUUGAUAUUGAUGUACACCAUGGUGAUGGCGUUGAAGAAGCGUUUUACACCACAGACAGAGUAAUGACGGUUUCAUUUCACAAAUAUGGAGAAUAUUUCCCUGGAACUGGAGAUCUUCGAGACAUUGGCGCUGGCAAAGGAAAGUAUUAUGCUGUAAAUAUUCCUUUGAGAGAUGGAAUGGAUGAUGAAUCCUACGAAAAAAUAUUUGUUCCAAUUAUCAGCAAAGUCAUGGAGACGUUUCAGCCCAGUGCUGUUGUACUUCAGUGUGGGGCUGAUUCUUUAACUGGUGACCGAUUGGGUUGUUUCAACUUGACAGUAAGAGGCCAUGGAAAAUGUGUAGAAUUUGUGAAAAAGUACAAUCUUCCAUUUAUGAUGGUUGGUGGUGGAGGAUACACCAUUAGAAAUGUAUCCAGAGCGUGGACCUAUGAAACAUCAGUGGCUUUAGGAGUUGAGAUUGCAAAUGAACUUCCUUAUAAUGAUUAUUUUGAGUACUUCGGUCCAGAUUUUAAGUUACAUAUCAGUCCUAGCAAUAUGGCCAAUCAAAACACCCCAGAGUAUUUAGACAAAAUCAAAACCAGACUAUUUGAAAAUUUAAGAAUGCUACCUCAUGCGCCAGGUGUUCAAGUACAAGCUAUUCCAGAAGAUGCCAUUAAUGAAGAAUCUGAUGGAGAAGAUAAAGUUGACAAGGAUGACAGAUUACCACAAAAAGAUCUAGAUAAAAGAAUUGUUCCAGAAAAUGAAUUUUCAGACAGUGAAGACGAAGGUGAAGGUGGGAGAAGAGACAAUCGCACAUACAAAGGCAGAAAAAGACCGCGAUUAGAAAAAGGUAUUGAUGGUAAAGAUGCGGCAGGUGAUGAUAAAAUUAAAGAAGAAUUGAAAUCAGAGAAAGAUGAAAAGGAAGAUGGCAAAUCUAGUACAAUUGACGACCUGAAGAAAGAUACGGGACCAACUCCGUGACACAGUUCUACUUCACAAUAUUCUAAAUAUAAAUGACGUCAAUAGUUAAUUUUUUUAAGCUGUUCAUAGUUUUAUUUUGUGAUAAAGCUGUACAAUGAUUACAAUUAUAUAAACUGUAAUUUUUAUAAGUAUUGUGGACAGAACCUCAUGUGGUAAGAAACAAUCAGUAGGUGGAAAAUUGAAACUUUAUUAUCUUAAACUAAUUGGUAGAACGAAUUUAUACCUAUAUCACAUUGUUGACGUAAACCGAUAACUGUUAAAUGCAAUAAUCUGUGUUUUGUCAUGUACCUUUUUUACUUAGUCUGUAGAUUAUUUUGUAAAUAUUCAUUCCAUUGAAACUAUUUAUAUCAUAUCAAUCGCGAUAUAAUUACCAUUUAUAAGAUUUCAGUUUUGUAAAUAAAGUCUUGUGAUUUUA